AUGCUCGUAUCAUCAAAAAUCUUUUCCUGCCUAUUAUUUUUAGGUUUUCUUAAUGCAUGCAAAAUUAUUCUUCAAUAUAAACCGAAUGCUAUACUGUUGAAUCAGUUCAAUAAUGAGAAUCGUACCCCUUUGCAUUUAGCUACUAUAAAUGGACAUGGAAAUAUUGUUAACUUACUGUUAAGUCAUAAAGCAAAUCCAUAUCUACGUGACAAGAAUAAUUGUUCAUCAUAUCACUAUGCAAUUACGAAACGUUUACAUUUCUGUCUAUUAAUUUAUGAACGCUAUAAUGUUGGUAAAGAGAAGCAACAAAAUGAAAAACAUUCAUUAAAUGAAAAUUUAAUCAAUGAAUUAACUACUUUUCGUCCAGUUAAUCCACAAUUUUCUCAUUAUCAGGAUUUUAAUUUAAAUACAUGUCAAGAUAGUGAUAGUCAAACAAAAAGUCCAUCUUCAUCAAUACAAGAUACCAGAUCAGUAGUACUAGUGAAUAAUAAACAGAUUAAUCAAAGUACAAAACAGGCGCACAACUCCUCUUCAUCGUUAAACGAUUCUAUUAGGAAAAAAAUAACAAAUAAUUUAUCAGUUGAAAGUAACAAUGAUAAUAACAUUGUCAAUAAAGAUAUCCAUCCUACACUAAACCAUGUUUCAUCAAGAAUGUCUUUCAAAGGUCAUCUUACUGAAAUUAAAUCUAUGAUAAAUAAUAAAGAUAUACAAAAUCACAAAGUGAAAAAAAAUAAUUUUAUAAUUAAACAUGAAUUACUACCAACAGAUAAAAGAGUACAUCGGAUUAACAAUUACUCAAAAGUACCAUCAAAACGAUUAAGUCAACAAAAUGAUAAAAUUCAAAAUUCAACGCUAAAUUUAGGAAACCAUAUACAAUCAUCAUCAUCUGAUCAUUCAGAUGUAGAUAGUAAAAGAAACGAUGAACCUAAUGAAUGUUUAAUACCUAGACUAUAUAACAAUCAUAGUAUUAGUAAUAAUGGUAACGUUAUCAAUACAACUUACAAUAAUAGCAAAAUUAAUUCCAAAGAUGUUGAUAAGUUAAAAAAUAGUGAUAGUUCAUCAGUUUCUGAUAUAAAUUCAGUCGCUGAUAACGAGAGAAUUCUAAUGCCUACUCCACGUAAAACAUCAUGUCCAAAUGAAAUAAAUCAAAACAAUUGGAAGUCUGUAUUAUACCAUCCUAGACUUCUUAAACGAGGUCAAGUUAAUAAUAUACCACAAGAGAAUUCUAUAAAUAAUAUUCAUAAAAUAAGUGUAAACAAAUCAAAUGACAUGGAUACAGAAUAUGAAAAUGAAAUCAUACCAUUAAAUAUGAAAAUAAUGACUAAACAAACAAUGAAUUCAUCUCGUUUAAAUAAAACAUCAUUAUUUAAAAAUUUAUUAACACCAUCUUUGAAUUCUGUUAAAACUAAGAAUAGUAAUAAAUAA